AGUUCUCCUCCACAAAUGUUGCUUCUUGUUCUACAAUAAUUCACCCCUCGCCAACUACUAAUCGGCAACAAAAAGAAAGAGAUCUUGCCAUGGUGGAAUGGGAAGAUUCACAUGCAUCUCAUCGCUCGACGACGCAAUCUGUCGGAGGCAAAUUCAAAGCUCUAUUUAGCGACGACGAAGACGACUACGACGACGGCUGCGGCAUUAUUAACAACCAUCAUCACCGCCAACAUCAGACAACAAGCACAGCAUGGAACAACAAUCGUAAUCGACAUGAACUACAUCAUCCCCACCAUUACUAUAGUCCAAUCAUGCCGUCACUGGCAUCCAUGCCACAUAUCUCCUCUGGAUUUGUCGAUCCGUUAUUAACAUCCACAGCCUAUCAUAUUCAUCAGGCCGAGUCUGCCUUAUCGUCGCUAAAACAAAUCAUAUGGGAACAACAACAAGCCGCGACAGAUGAGUGUUCUUCCUCUUGCAUACCAGUAGCAGGAGCUUCGGAUACAGGGUGGAAAAAAACAUUGAAGCAUAAAAAGAGCGGCGUCGUGGUCCAUAUGAAGAACAGUGGCGGCGGUAGUAGUGGCAUUCACCACAAGGCGGACAAGACGCCCAUUUUUAAAGGUGAAGCCGUGAUUCAUGGAUUCUCACCACAGUCUGUAUUCUACGUGAUUGGCAUGCGCAAGUUAUGGGACGAGCAGUACGACGAUGGUAAUCUGGUGGAAAAUUUAAACGAGACAACGUCUUUGACAUAUGAAGUGUCCAAACCAAAUCCAUCAUCCAGCCUUUGUGCGAAUAGCAUCAAUCGACCACGCGACAUGGCACUGGUGGAAAAAAUCGAGUGUACUCAGGAUGGCGCUAUUUUCUUUGCAUGCACCAGUGUUGAAACACCCCGUGUGCCACGCAUUCAAGGGCGAGUCAGAGCGCAGAUCAAACUACAAGGCUGGGUACUGCAACCCAUUUCGGGAGGACCGACGCCAGCCACGCGUGUGAUCUAUGUCAUCCAAGAAAACAUGAAAGGCUGGGUACCUGGGUUUGCGAAAAAGUCGUUGGCACGUCGACCCCUAGCUAUUGCUUUGGUCAACGAGUAUCUGCAAAAGAAAUCAGAAAGGAUGCGCGCGCAAAAGAUGCGCUGUGCUGCUGCUGCAGCAGCUACUGUAGCAACUACAACAACGAUGAUGUCCUCCUCAUCUUCCUCCUCAGCUACUUCAUCCCCGUUUGCUUCAGUCAGUAAUAAUGAAAGCAUUGGCCGAAGUCGAUUUCGAUCAACACGACGGAGGCCUUCGCUCUUGGCAAAUUCGACUAUCUCAGCACGGAGUAACCACAGUAGUGUGGAACGGUACCCUAAUACCUCAGCAGUAAUAGUGCAACCCAAAUCCACGCCCUCAUCAUCAUUAUCUUCCUCACAGCGGUCUAGCAGCAAUACCAGCAACGGAACACCACUAUUGAAAAAGCGGAUUACCUUUACAGAGAAAGGCAAAGCCUUUUCUCCAUCAUUACCUUUGUUUGAAGCAGCCAUUGAACAAAGUAGUACAACAGGCUCAUUCGUGAGCGUCACAGGUGUUAAAAACCAGCAGCAACAAGUAGAGUCAUCACCAGCAGCCGCUAUUGUACCACGACCCCAUCCUUUAUACCCUACGCAUCGCCAUCUUCCAAAAAAAGUAGAAACUAUGAAUUUAUUUAAACGGAUUUCUGCUUCUUUGGAUUCAUGGACGCUUAUUGAAGAAGAAACGAAUGAUGAUCUGCGUAUAUACAGCUACAGUAGUCCGACGACAGCAACAACGGCGUCUCGAUUACCGCUCCUACGAGCAGACGGGUCAGUGGUUGGCAAGUGGAGCGCUGAGCAGCUGUGCUCUGCAGUUCAAUGUUUCGGCGCACGUAAAGAAUGGGAUCAAAACUUUGUGGAUGGACACAUUAUUGAUCGCUUCAGUCAAAAGGAUUACCUUGUCUAUUGGUGUAUGAACAACAACCAAGAUAACAAAAACGGUUCUAAGCUCGAGUCCAACAGCUCGACAACAGCCAUCACCAGUAUUGAAACAGAUCCGGUGUCAGGGGUUAUCACUACGAUUACUACAAGUGUGCAUGACAGUAUCACUCAGCAACAACCGACAGUAGCUGCAGCUGCAGCUGCAACUGAUAAAGUUGACGGCGAAAAACUCGAUAAUUGCAUGAUGGUGGAUGGUGAUGCCAACACACAGACAGCAAAAUUACAAGUGGACUUAUAUGGAUGGAUAUUUCGGCCUGGGGAACAAGAAGGAGUUGUGCAUAUAACGUGGAUUGGCAAUCUUCCAGCAGCAGCAGCAGCAGCAGCAGCAGCAACGGGAGCAACAUUCAGUCACUACUACUGCAUCCCAAGAUUAGCAAACUACAUGAACCAGCACGGAUGCCCGCCCUAUAUCCGCCGAGUUGCCGGUAAAGUGACGUAUGAAGAUUUCGAUAACGACACGGGUGUCUAUCGUGUUGCCUAUAUCGCCAAGGUCCAGCAAAAACAACAUGAUAAUGACCAACAGCAACAGUCAUCACCACAAAAGAAGAUCAUAAAGAAAAAGAGUAGCCGGCUAUUGUUAUUAUGGUGUACAGAUAUUCGAAUUCACCCGUCAAGGUAUCCAGCCGGCAUCCAGGUCACAUUGACGCCACCCAUUGGGACCAGGGCAGAACUGUCGUCGUCCAAAGCGAGUAUACGGGUGUAUACUACUUCACAGGAGAUGGAUGGCAAACAAGUUGUGAUUGAUAUUGCUCCUUCUCCUUCACCGACAAUUACCAGCGAUGAUGGUGGUGGUGUUGCUACUACUACAGCUGGACAAGAACAAGUGUUUACUUGUAAUGGUCAGCCAUUGGUGCCAAGGUUAACAAUUUCUGCUAAUAUUGCUUCUCCUAUUGCUGCGAAUGCAUUAACUACUCAGCCACAAGCAGCAGCAGCGGCAGUAGCAUCAACUCAGCAACAGCAACAGUACAUAACGCCAAUAACGUCGCCUGUCACGGACCAAGAACCGGUGGCAGCAGCAGAAGCAGUAAGGGCGGAAGAUGAUGAUACCAAAGAUCCUCCUAGCACUCCUCCAAUGGUCACUCCGCCACAAAGCGCAGGCGUGCAAGAUUCGAGCCAAGACGACACCCUACAGAGCAAUACACCACCGCAGAAAGAAAAGCUGCUACAGGAUAGUGUAGCCUUACAGCAGAAGCAACAGCAGACACGGGUGGAAUCCGCUGUACAUGUUAUGGAGUGUACGUCAAAAGCAAAAAGUGAACAAAGAAUUCCUGAACAACAACAAGGUUUAUAUAUACAUCAACCCGAAAAACAAGCGCGACAGCAACAACAAUCACAUAACAGCCAACACCGCAAACCUGCUCAGUUAUCAUCAUCAUCAUCAACAACAGCACGACCAUCCACUCCGUCGUAUUCGGCAACAUACAACACCACCACUACUACUGCUCACAACAACAGUAAUAUAUACCCUUCGAGAAACACUCGACAGCUGAAUGUAGUACCCGAAGGCUACAAGUUAAUCCCUCAACAACAGAAUAAUAAUAUAAUCAUUAUCUCGGACGAGCUUACAUUCAAUGGUCAGCAGCUGGCCGUGGUGUUCUUGGCUAUGGUAUUAUCCUAUUACAUGGGCAAACUAGCAUGCGCAACCACUUACUGCUAAAAAGGAAGAUUUUUGCUACUUUUAAAUAAUAAUUGUAUAUUUUUUUUGGAUACAGAAAAGUGUUUUGUGCGUUUGUGGGUGUAUAUGUGUGCUUUGAAAUAUUAGUAUAUCUUAUUAGUUUAGAUGAGAGAUACGAACGGAGUGAG